GAAGACACUAAGACAGAAGGUAACCCCAAUUAUUCUGUCAAUUUCGGCAAGGAAAGUUUCUAAAAGAGACCUAGUUUGUAAAUUCCGGAAUAAAAAUAGACAAUGGUUUUCACGACGGCUAUUAAUUUCGUGAGAGCUCGUGGCCCAGAUGAAUUUUGGCGAAAGCGAAAAAUAUUCAAAUUAUCUGCUCACUUUGUGGGUAGAAAAAGAAACUGCUACAGCAUUGCCAUCAGAUAUGUCCACCGAGCUCUAGCAUAUGCCACAAAAGGUAGAAAACUAAGGAAAAUAGACAUGGCAAAUCUUUGGGAAACCAGGGUUCGUGCUGGAUGUGAACAACAUAAUAUUAACUAUGAUACCUUCAGGGAAGGUCUAGUAAGAAGUGAUAUUCUCCUGAACAGAAAGACACUAGCAGACCUCUCUUGUUGGGAACCAUAUACCUUCAAAUCUCUGACUGAUAUUGCAAAGAGAAGAGCUCUAGAUGAUGGAUUGGCAGGAAUAAGCUCAGAUAAUAAGCUUGAUGGAAUCAUUACCAAAGGUUGUUUGAAUAGAAAUAAAUGAAGUGUGUAGAUUCAUUUGGAUUAUAUGUAUAGGAGAUGAAAUGUGAGCAUUGUUUUUAUAUUUCAUGAUUUCAUAUGUUCUUGUAAAUAGUGAGGUAUAGUUAUGCAAUAUAGACUUGAUUUGGUAUUAUUCCACUUCUGCAUUCUCAGUGCAAUUAUCUGGCAGUGCCUAUUUCAGUGGUAGGCAAUCAGUAAGUAUAUCUAUAUACUUACCAACCAAUUUAGCCUAUUUUGAUAUUAUUUUCAUAAGAUUGAACCCUAAUUAAGAGAUGUUGAUUGCAUUGAAGUUUUUAUACUGUGCUUCUAGAUAAUGUCACUACUGCUUCACCCUCUGU